AUGUUGGUUCGUAGUGGGCUAGUGAACCAUCCGAUUGCCACAUGUUGGCCAAUAUCAGCUACUUAUGUCGCAUCCAAACGCUUGUCGUGCAUGUCAACCCCUAGCAGAGUAACAUCGGCGCAUUUCAAUACACUGCACUCUAGGUGUGGGACUUGUCUGCCGUGCAGAGAACAGGAAAUGAUGAAGACGCUCUUGCUCGUCGACCUUGUGCAGAGGCAAAGAACCCGAGUGGCAAACGCCGUUCUGACUCCAUUUUGUCGACGAUGCUGCAAUGCCGGCCUUGGCAGCUGCUUGACUGCACUGGUUUUCCGAGUCUAA